AUGCCUCAAGAAAUUCAAUUUGUUCGUAUCGAAGGAGAGACAUCACAAGAGUUGGGGAAAAGAUUUGAGGAGUUCUGUGUUAUGUUGUUGAGAGAAUUGGAAGUUGGAGAUCUAGGACGAGAUAUUAUUGUGGAAAUUUUUGGGAUGAAGAUUGUUGUUCAGUGCAAAGCGUGGUAUUCAAAAGAUAUAGGUCGUGAUAAAGUUGAUGAGUUUAGAACGGUAGUGAGAGACGGGAAGUACGCAUUCGGGGUUCUUGUAGGGGCUUUAGAAGAAAAUUUUGCUAUAGGAGCACAUAAAUCGGCCAAAAAGUCAGAAGGCGGUGACGAAGUUAUUAUUACGGUGUAUAAUAGAAUGUGUCAAGAUAUAGAGUGGUUUAGCGAAAUAGAAAAGAAGGUUUUGGUUACAGCUGAGAGAAGAAUACUAAAAAGGGAAUAUCAGCUUGGCUACAGAAAUCCAAUGUAUCUCCCAGUACAGCUCGAGAAAUCAAAAACGGACAAGAGAUGCAAGCCCUGGAUAGUACUGAAAGAUCAAGAUUCAACAGCUCCGGUAAUUGGUUGUGUUUUAGAUGCUAACAGUGAAGAUACAUACUUCGAACACUGGCUAACAGAGCCCGGUCACAAUACAGGGUUACUGCACCGAUGUACUGGAUGUAGUAUAAAUAUAGCAAAUGAAGCAAAUUAA